AUGCGGGGCGCCGGUGAUUGCGAGCUGGAGGUCCGGGGCGUAAUGGGGGAGCAGGAGGAGGCUGCCUCGGCGUCGGCAUCGGAGAGGGCAAUGCGGCGGCGGAGGGGGCGGCGUCGGUGGGGAAGAGCGGGGGCGGACGACGGCUACUCGACGAGCUCCACGGGCGGCCGCGGCGGGAGCAGCGGCAGCGGCUCCUUCGGCUGCGACUCGCCUUUGGCCGGAUUCGUGCGCGCGGAUGGCGACAUGGACACAGAUCUGGAGACAGACGGGCUGGCCGCCACUUCAUCCUCCAGUGCCAGUGCCUCCGCAGCGUUCACGGAGCCGCACGACGACGAGGAGGCGCAGUGCGGGGCGAAGGGAGAGUGGCAGGAACCGGCCAAGAGCCCGGCGGGCGGCGCCACUGCCAUCCGAGAAUGCCAGAGCCAGCGACGGUGCCGGACAGAGGCUGUUUACCUGCACGGUAGGAAGGGGCUGAAGCAGCGGCCGGCCUCGCUCGACUUCGGCAGCGCCGGGUUCAACAGCGGGACUCCGUUUUCUCCGGGCUUUGUGGUCGGAGGCGCCGGGUUUGCGAGCAAGGGACUUGUGUCGUCGCAGAUCAGCUCCGGCGUGUUCCCUAGUCCCGGCACGCCGAGCUAUCCGCGGCGGCACCGGCCGUCGGCCUUGGGGUACCAGAAGGGGUGGAGCUCGGAGAGAGUGCCUCUUCCUUCCAAAGGUAAUAAUACUAGGAGGUACCCAGGCAGCAGCAUGGCAUUUCCUCUCAACAGUAGGAGGACACUGCCCUCAAAAUGGGAGGAUGCGGAGAGGUGGAUCUUCAGUCCCAAAUCAAACGCCGGCGAUGCGCGUGAGAAGACCGCCACAUUGCCCCAUGCUCGACGGCCGAAGGCUAAAAGUGGUCCUCUUGGGCCUCCUGGAAGACUUGGUGGACAGUAUUCAUCUGUAUCUUCAUCUGUCUCUUUGUUUGACAGUGGGAGAGUUGGGCAUUUAGCAGCAAACUCACCUUUCUUGGCUGGAGUACUGAUACCUGAACACUAUGGUGGGGCGAAAAGUAAUGUUGGGAGGUACACAAGUGGAACAGCUGGUGAUGAGUUCGGUAUUGGCAUAGUUGGCGGGUCUUCUCUAGCACAUAUCGGGUCUCCUGCUAUGCAAUCUACCAUGGUGCGCCGACGACUAGAUACUGCAAUUGAGUCAUCUGCAUCAUUGCCCAGCACCCAAGAAUCUGUACAAGGCGAAGAGGCUGAGUUCGUAGAAGAUUCAGCCCCCAUUGCCACCCCUAUAAUUUCAAGGAAGGAUACCGCAACUCAAACUAGUCCAGAUCUAAGUAGGUCUUCUUCGCCCAGCGCAAGGCCUUCAUUUGUUCGUUCAUUCUCAAUGCAACAAGCCAAAGAGAGGGAGAGCUGUUUCUCUGAUCUUGAGAUCAGGGAUGUGCAGAUGGAUGAGCGCGUGAGUCUUACCAGAUGGUCCAAGAAACAUGUAACACAAGCCUCUAACAAGAAUUCUACAAAUAUGUUAGAGUGGAACAAAAAGACGGUGGACUCUAAAUCUUCUUCCUGGGAAUCAACAGAAACAAAAUGCACAUUAAAGGUUGAGAGAGAAGAAGCAAAACUUACUGCUUGGGAGAAUCUUCAAAAAGCGAAAGCCGAGGCUGCAAUUCAGAAGCUAGUGAUGAAACUCGAGAAGAAACGAUCAUUUUCCCUGGACAGAAUUUUGAACACCCUCAGGUCUGCUCAAAGAAAAGCACAAGGGAUGCGUGAUGCAGCAACAGCAAGCCAAGACGAACACCUUUGCAGGAAGGCCAAAAAGACAUCACACAUUACAAAGAAUGGCCAGAUCAGAUCUCUGAGUGGCUGUUUCACUUGCCAUGCUUUCUAG